AUGGGAAGUGACUCGCCAUGCGGUUUCAGUUCGUCGGAGGAUGUCAUCCGGAACACCGGGAAGUUGCGGAACCGUCUAGCCCAGACGACCGGGAUCGACGACCUGGGUGGAGAGAGGAAGAUUCGGCCGCGCUGCUGUCCAGGCGAGAGGCGCGUGUUCGAGGAGGAACGCUCCAAUCGCAACUGCAAGACCCACAACAGCAGCUACAGCAACAGCUCCAGCUACAGCUCUGUUACCUCCAUCAGCAGCAAAAACUCCAACUGCAGAUCCAAAAAAAGCCACCAGAACUCCUCCUCCUGUGCCUCCACUAGCAGCUCCAAUACCACCUCCAAUAGUAACUGCAGUAGCAAAUGGAUACAGCAGCAGCAGCAGCAGCAGCACCGAUUAGGAGUAAACACCGCCGCUAUGCCUCGCUUCAAGUGGAGAGAAAUUCGGGAGGUUGGGAUGGAGUUCUUGGAUUACCUUGAGGAGACGGACCGACGAGAGGAUCCAAUUGAAAAAGAGGAUCUUCGGAGCAUUUACAACAAUGAAUUUCGGCAGAGGGGCGUGCAUCCAUAUUUUGGCCAAGUCACUCACGUGCUAAAGGCACAUGGAGAAAUCCGCGGGUGUGCGGGAGUCAUUGAACCUUACCGACAGGCGAAGCUGUAUGACCAGCGGGGUGUCUUCUCACACUUCAGCAUUGAAGACGUCGACCUGACCUACCUUCUCACUCAGGACAGGUUGUUGCUGGUUGCAGAGAAGCAUGGCAUCAGGAUUACCUCCACUCUGGUGGAAGAGAACGGCACCAUCAGCAUGACCACUGAGAUCACACAGGAGCAUACGCUGACGGUGUACGUGGAGAACACUUCUGGCAGCACCAUGUUGUUCACUUCCUCCUCCUUCCUGAAGGGGGCAGUAGGCUUCACACUGCAGAGCCCACCCACGGUCAGCCGUGCCGCUCCACUGCACCUGAUGCCAGGAGGUCGUCAUGAGGUGGCGGUGAGGUUCAAAGCAGAGCAGGUGGGCCUCUACCAAGAGUGCCUGGCCUUCGAGUUUCGGGCCCGUGAGCCGAGAGCGCAGCCGUUCCACAUCGCCCGCUUCCUGGAGGUAGACUGCAGAGCUCCCGACAGCACCGGCAGAGUCGAGAACCGCAACGCAGCAAGAGAACCUGAUAGCACCGGCAGAGACGAGAACCGCAAUGCAGAAAGAGAACCUUUCGCUGGUGCAGUUGGCAACCGCAGCACAGAACCAUUGGCAUCGGCGUCAGCUUCUGCUGAACCUGAGGUCUGCAGAGUCGGGAACCGUGUCGCCGAGAGGGAACCUGAGGUCUGCAGAGUCGGGAACCGUGUCGCCGAGAGGGAACCUGUGGCUUCUCCUUCUCAUGUCAAGGCUGAGAGCCCCAAUAGCAGUGUGAUGGAGCAGCUUGCUCCCACGGCCCCUUACACGCCUGCUGUCAGGGAACGCUACAGGGUGGAGCACUUCACUGUGGAGGACGGAGAAAGACCAAAUGAUAUGUGUGUGUCGGGGCUGGUGUGGGAGAGGCCUCUGCAGGAGCAUCGGGUCCCUCCACACGUAGGAGAUCUCAUCAAGUUCCUGGCCAAGCAAGGAUGCUCUCCCAACAUGCGGACACAACUACUAGAGCUGAAAGCUCUGCUGGAGUCCCCGAUGAGCUUUGAGAACUACUGCAAGAGAUUUCAGCUGCUGAUUCAACUGGAGGAAACUCAGAUGCUGGUGGACAUCAGAGCUUACGACAUGAAAGACGCUGAAAUGACCAAAGACGCUACAAACAAGAGGCUACUCACACUCAAGGUGCCUGGUGUGGCUGAGAAUCGUCCGUCUGUGUUGAGGGGGGAUCACCUGCUGGUCAUUAAGUCUAAAGAGCGCCACCUGGGGGUGAUGGUCAAGUACAAGGGCUACGUGCAUCGCGUGGAGUGCGAACAAGUCAAACUGGGCUUUGGACCGAAGCUGAUGUCAGGCUUCAUUGAUGGCAUGGAGUUUGAUGUGGAGUUCACGGUGAACCGUCUGCCGGUGCGGCUGCAGAUGAGGGCGGUGGAGCUGGCGCACACACACAACCUCAAAGACCUCCUCUUCCCCACUGGGUCAAAGGUCACCAUGCCUGCAGAGCUGCCCAAACCCAGGUUGUUUGACUCUAAGCUGGAGAAGAACCCAGAGCAGUACAGUGCGGUCCAGAACAUGGUAGCAGGAGUGUCCCGCCCCGCCCCGUACCUGCUCUUUGGACCCCCCGGAACCGGGAAGACCGUCACCAUCGUGGAAGCCAUCAAACAGGUGUUGGCUUCCCCGUCCUGUUCCCACAUCCUGGCAUGCGCUCCGUCCAACAGCGCUGCCGACCUGCUGUGUGAGAGGGUUCUAGAACACGCAGACUCUCACCGCGUCUACCGAAUCUACGCCAGCAGCAGAGACCCAAGCACCAUCCCCCCUGCACUCCAGAGGAACUGCAAUGCUAGUGGAGGAGGCAUCAUGUUCCCCAGUAAAGAGGAGCUGAUGAAAUACAAGAUCCUCAUCACCACACUCGUCACCGCUGGACGCCUGGUCAGUGCAGGGUUCUCCACUGGCCACUUCAGUCAUGUGUUUGUGGACGAGGCCGGUCAUGCCACUGAACCGGACACCAUCAUACCUCUAGCAGGGUUGCUGGAUCCUCAGUCUGGUCAGCUGGUUCUGGCUGGUGACCCCAAACAGCUGGGGCCCAUCCUCCGAUCCACCAUCGCCAAGAAACACGGCCUGGAGGUGUCUCUGCUUGAGAGGUUGAUGAAGAACAAUCCCCUGUACCAGAAGGAUGAGAGUGGCACAUACAACCAACGUUACGUCACCAAGCUACUGCACAACUACAGGUCCCAUAAGAGUAUCCUGAAGGUGCCUAAUGAUCUCUUCUAUGAGGGAGAGCUGAUCGCCUCAGCUGAUGAGGUGGCCACAAGCAUGUACUGCAACUGGGAACACCUGCCCAAGAAGGGUUUCCCGGUCAUCUUCCACGGUGUGGUGGGUAAGGACGAGCGUGAGGAGAACAGUCCGUCCUUCUUCAACCGCUCGGAGGUGGAGGUGGUGCUGGGAUACCUCCGGAAGCUGCUGCUGGAGACGCAGGGCAAGAAGGGCGUCGCACGCAUCUCACCUAAAGACAUCGGCAUCAUCGCCCCCUACAGGAAACAGGUUUUGAAGGUCCGCCAAGCCAUCAGCCGUGUGGACAAGGACUUGAAGAAGAUGGAUGGCAUUGAUGAGCUGAAGGUGGGUUCGGUGGAGGAGUUUCAGGGUCAGGAGAGGAGGGUGAUUAUCGUGACGGCGGUUCGCAACAGUGACGAGUUCCUGAAAAUAGACAAGAAGUUCAACAUCGGCUUCCUCAAGAACGUGAAGGUGCAUUAG